AACUAACUGGUGGCCAUGGGGCAACUAAAAACUUUGGAGCUGGUUCCCCUGAUCCUCCGGAGGUUCCGUUUCCACACUGACCACACCCUCUUCGCUUUCUUUCUAGUGAAAGCUGGUGGAAUGCGAAUCGUGCAGAAACACCCGCAUUCUGGAGACACCAAAGAAGAGAAAGACAAGGACGAGGAGGAGUGGGAGACCGAGCCCAGCCCGCCUAAACCCACCGUGUACAUCUCCGGUGUCAUCGCCCGGGGCGACAAGGACUUCCCCCCGGCGGCCGCCCAGGUGGCUCACCAGAAGCCCCACGCCUCCAUGGACAAGUACCCAUCCCAUAGAACCCAGCACAUCCAGCAGCCUCGCAAGUGACCGCGAGGACCCAGCGCCCUCCCCUGCCCUGCCUGGUUCCUGACAUUUGGUAUUUCCCCGGCAAAGAGAACUGCAUUUUCUUCCAAACACUUUUCCAGUGGGAGAUCUAAGGCAAAGCAACGCGCCCUUCCUUUGCCUUACAUUUCCAAAUCAAAGCUAGAAACAGACCCCAAACCUUGUUCCCAGGGAGUCCUGUUUGGUGAGGGGCCAUUAGCAGAACCUGCCGAGUUCUGAGCAAAAUGAAGUUGCUCAGAGUUUAGCUCUAGAACUAUUUCAGCCAUUGACUAAAAGUCCUGCCUGUGGUCUUAAAAACAAAGGGGCACAAAUGUGGGAGGGUUGGAUUGAGAUUAGGAGGAAAGCUCAAUCGUUUUAUGCUUCUGAGUACUAGGACAAUCAAAUCUGCACACCUAAGGGAGCAUAAGAAAUGAGGGUGUUCAUUACGGGGUGGGUUUCAGAAAGACAUCAAAGAAGACUUAAAAUGGACCACAGCAACCCUGAAUGUCACUCCCUGUGCGACCAGGGGUCCCUGUGCAGGGCGACCCCAGAAGGACCAAAGAAAAGUUUGCAUCUCUGAGAUGGCUCUGUUAUUCCAGGAGUCAUCUUGCUGAAAAAUUAGAGGGCAGGUAGUUUGCCCAAAGGUAGUACCUCUGGGAGGAGAUCUCAGUGUGGGUCCCAAGUCCAGCACUGCCCCGCCAUCAAGGCAGCCUGCGCCCGAGCAAUCGAGACAAACUCGUGUUUGUCAUCACUCACCUCUAGAGCUGUCUCUGAGUUCUGGAAGUGGCCACUGGCCAGGCAGACGGAUAGCCAAUUCUGGACACACAGCAAGAGCACAGACUGCAUGGGGAGAGAAGUGAACGCAGAGAGAAAAGACCGAACCUGCCCUUUGUCUCCCUGGGAACAAGAGACACCACAUUCCAUUAGAGCUAGAAAAGCCUGUGUGCCAGUGGGCCCAGCUGUCCAGAUGCCUUCUGCCUGUGCACGUUUGCUGGGCCCACCUUCACUUGGGCCCGUCAGGUGGCCCUGCUUUCUGUGCGUUUCCUUCCCAGAGCCGCCCUGGGCUGCUCUCUGGUUCGGGGGUGGAGUGCCUGCUUUUCUGAAAAGCGAAAGGUUCCUUCAGAUCUUCCUGAGCAGAGGCCUGGGGAGGGCCCUCCCACCAGCCACCCCACUUGCCAGCAGUGGCAUUUGCUGCAGGCCAGCAGUGCACUGUGAGCAGCGUGCCCGCCACCAGCCUUGCGAUGCCAUUCAGUCCAGAGCUGCGAUGAGCAGGGGUGACUCAGACCUAGGCAGACCCAUGCCCUCCCCUGAGGGAAAAGCCCUGCCUGGCUUUCUUAAGGCCCUGUCGUUUCCUCCCACUGGCUUGCGGAAGCUGGAGUCUAACCUUCAAGGUACCAUGUGAUCACAUCUGGUAUUUCUUAGUCUGAGAGGUUGGUUUACACCAAGGCUGGCUUUGGAGAGGCACACUCUGUGGGCAGCAUGGUCGUGGGGCACACAGAGCAAGCAGCUCCUCACCCCCACCCUACCCCCCAGAGUUGGCAUCCCAGAAGGGCGCUGAGAGCAGGCAGUGCAGGUCAGGCCUGUGCAGACCCUUGCACCUUCCACUGCAGAAAUGUAGGCGCGUGUUGAUACCUGGGUUUGCAGGCAGGAGCGCCGUGCUGUUUCCCAAGGGGCAUGUUUAUGUACUUGUAGUUGCACCUGGCAUGUAUCUGUGGCUCGCUGAAAGCAUACUGUUUCCUCAAUGAGUACCAAUUGUUAACUUGAAGAAUAAUACUGAUUAUAAUAAAGCCCCUGCAUUUCUCCUCA